AUGGCUCGCGAGAGCGCCCCCGCGGGGAUCGGAAGGGAUCCCCAGGCGGCAUCCCCGCACGGCGCCCAGCCCAAUUAUGGCGCGCUGAACUUCAGGGACGCGGCGGCCGUGUGGGACUGCGCGCUGCAGUGCGGGCGGAUAUUCAGGUCUUCGCAGUUUUACAGCGCGGAUGUGAUCAACAAUAGAGGGAUCAAGACCAUUCUAGACCUCCGGAAGUUGAAGGAGCCCUGCAAAAAGGAAAAUGACCUGUCGGCCCCUGUGCCUUCUCCUUGUCGAGUCUGCUGCAAUAAAUGGCAGACCGACGGAGUUCCUAACCCAUGCGUUCUGCAUGUGGACUUGAUCAGCACAACCUUGAAGAUGCACAUCGUUGCGAAAAUGCCUUGUAAAAUGUGGUGGGAAGUCGCAAAGACUGUUUACAAGGGGGACGACCCAGCCGCUGUCCUGUGCCCUGCCAUCGCAGACAGCAAUAUCUUUGGCUUCAAAUGGUUUUAUGCCGCAAUCCUGGACAAGUCUAAGGAAAACAUAGCAAAGGCCAUUCGUGUGUUUGCCGACGAGUCCAACUACCCCAUUCUGGUGCACUGUGUGCAUGGUAAGGACAGGACGGGGCUGAUUGUGAUGCUGCUGCAGAGCCUGUGCGGGGUGCCCAAGCAGUCAAUCGUGAAGGACUACACGGAAUCUGACCAGCAGCUCAAGAAGGGAAAGGAGGCCAAUGAACUGAAGAUGGCAGACUAUCUUAAGCACGAUGCUGUCAUCGCUGCGGUUCCCACGGACUGCGAGGGGGCGCUGAAGCAUAUAGAAGAGAAGUACGGCUCUGUGGACGGGUACCUGGAGAACUGCGGGGUAACGCCUGAGGAGAUUCAGAAGACGCGGACGAACUUGCUGCACAGAAAAAUUUUGGUUUGCUCCGAGAGCGAGCCGCUCAAAGCCUCCGAUGGGGCCGAGCUGCUGGGCGUGGAGUCAAACGGCAGCAGUGCUAGAUCUACGGGAGCAAGUGGCAUCGGAUGCCCAACGUGGUGCCCCUCCCAGGGUGCAGGUGGUUGCAAGUCCAAAGUGAGGCACAUGGUCGGAAAAGCGUACCGGAAGGUUGUGGGUGCCAGGGCGGACACAAUACCGUAUCCCCGCUAUGCCUACACCCCGCUCCUGCGGCACAGCUCCAGCGAGCCCAAUUUACAUUUUGAGGACAUGGGGGUUUCAGAGGGUGGAAUGGGGAAUGGGACCACGAUUGGGCAGCAGCGAGAUUAG